AUGACAACGGCGCCGUCCUGCCUCCACUUCCGUCUACGUCACUUCCGCUGCCGCCACCCGGCAUUGCCGGGCUCCCAAUGGGAGGUCCCAGCAGGGGGCGCCACUCCGCUUCCCGCCCCCUUGGGGCCGCUCUAUCCCGCUCAGCCGCGCUUUGCAGGUUGGGCGCGGAGCAGACGAGCUGACCGGAAGUGCGGGGCCGCUCUGGCCCGCGCUCGCUGCUCUGGGAGGAGUGACGGCAGCGGCGGCUGAGGGAAGAUGGCGGAGGCGGCGGCGGCGGUGCAGCAGCACCGGUUCUUUUGCCACAGCUGCAAGGGCGAGGUCAGCCCCAAGCUGCCGGAAUACACCUGCCCUCGCUGUGAGUCCGGCUUCAUCGAGGAAGUCACUGAUGAUUCCAGUUUUUUUGACAGCAAUUCCCUGGAUGACAGCCCCUCCUCUCAGUUCUCAGAGCUUUGGGACCACCUGGACCACACCAUGUUCUUCCCGGAUUUCCGGCCCUUCCUGAGCAGCAGCUCCCUGGAUGCAGAGGCCAGGGACGUGGAGAGGGGGCCCCCGGCGGAGCUUUGGGGUCCCAGCCGCCCCCCACGGCUGCCGGUGCCCCGCAGGUACCGGGCCCGGGGCAGCUCCCGCCCGGAUCGCUCACCGGCCAUCGAGGGGAUAAUCCAGCAGAUCUUUGCUGGCUUUUUUGCCAACUCAGCCCUUCCUGGCUCCCAGCAUCCCUUCUCCUGGAGCGGGAUGCUGCACUCCAGCCCCGGCGAUUACGCGUGGGGACAGAGCGGCCUCGACGCCAUCGUCACCCAGCUCCUGGGACAGCUGGAGAACACGGGGCCACCACCAGCAGACAAGGAGAAGAUCUCGUCCCUGCCGACGGUGCCGGUGACACAGGAACAAGUCGACACGGGGCUGGAGUGCCCGGUGUGCAAGGAGGAUUACGCCCUGGCCGAGCAGGUCCGGCAGCUGCCCUGCAACCACGUCUUCCACAGCAGCUGCAUCGUGCCCUGGCUGGAGCUGCACGACACGUGUCCAGUCUGCAGGAAGAGCCUAAAGGGGGAAGAUUCCACCAGGCAAAUCCCAAAUCCCGAAGCUUCCGACAGCCCCGUGCAGGAGAGAUGGACUUUCUGACCCUCCUGAAAGCUCCUGCAGCGUUCCAGAAGGUUCCAGAGGCAUCCCAGGCUCCUGGAGGUGCACAUGGGUCUGAGAAUUCCAGCAAACCCCAACAAAGCAGGAAUCA